AGUACAGCUCGACCUCCUGGUGACGAAUAUCACCUUUAAAAAAUUUUAAAACAAUGGCAUGGUGACCUUCUAGACUUGUGGAAAUCCCAGCAGAACCGUCCUUUUGUGGGCACAUUUUUUAGUGAAAUACCUUCAUGAGCUGGUACCGUCAGAUUAGCUUCUAUAUGUGCAGAGCUACAAAAUCACUAGCGGAGAAAAACUUCCAAAAUUCUCCUUUUUUUUUUCAUGACAAUCAGACGUUUUGCUGCUUGAGUUGGGUAAUGUGAUUACAGUUACAACGUAAACAACUAGUAUUAUGCAAUCUGGUCAUCAUCGUAGUCCACCGUCACCAUUAGAAACAUCGAUUAAAAAAUUAAAACAAUUAACUACAAGUGCAAUGUCAACUAAUGCUGAAAGCUUAGCGUUAGCUCAAAUGGUUAAAGAAAUAUUUUCGUCUCCAUCGUUUGUUCAGUAA